CUAAUUUAUUAACUUAUAUCAUGUACUCUCUGACGAAGAUACACGCAGCUUCCUUUUCCGAUUUUCCAAAGUAGAAAUCGUAGCCAUCUCCGCUUCCUUCAUCUUGAAGACUUUUUUCCGGAUUGAUCCUGUUUGAAAAGUAGAGAGGAUCUGGGCUCUAAUGUUCUUCGGCAACACUUUUAGAGCAACCUUGGCAUUCAAAGAACUUGAUGAUAACGUGAAUAAAUUCGUUGUGAAUGGCCUUUGAUUCUCAUUAACUCUGAUGGGAAAAGUAUAUGAAAGAGACUUGACUAGAAAUUGUCACCUGUUUUCCAGCCAAGGUGAGUUUUUCCUUUGUUCAUAUAUUUCAGCUGGCUGUGUUGCAAGGAAUAUUGCAUCAAAUAAUCGCUUUCGUUUCACCACCGUACGUUGAAAGGGUCAUGCAAUCAACAAGUUAUAUAGCAAUAAUUUUGCAAAACGGACAGCGUUUUAAAAGUUGUGCACAUUAGUUAAGCACGGCUGCUCUCUAUUAGACAAAAGUCUUUAAACUUAAUCUUAUUUGAGCAGCAGAGAUCUUAAAGGCGGAAAAAUCAUUGCGAAGUUCCGUUUCGUAACAGGCCUUGUUUUGUAGAGAAUGUUUGUUUAUCGCUGUUCACGUGUGUUCAGCUUGGAUGAAUCAUUCUAAAAUUAUUUAAGCUUAUAUUGCAUUUGAUCUAUUUCCCCGUAACAUAAAGGUCAAUGUGUUAAAACAUGCCGUUUAAAAAUAUAGGUACAGAGAAACCCCACAUGCAGUUGACCUGACCCGAAAUCGGAUUACGAUCGAGUUGCAGGCAAUUUGAGCUACAAGGUAGGCGAUAGAUAUAAUGCACAAAUGUAAUCGCCAUUUUUCUACUAGGCACCAUCACUCCCAGAAAUAAAAGACAGAUGAAUUUUUUAAUUCUUCACGUUGAUAUUGUUUGUAUUGUUCUUUUGAUCGUGUGAUCAGUUUAUACUCUGCCUUCAUACUGCAUGCCCAAUAAUAUAAGAAACGAGAACUUAAAGAGUGAGAAGAGGCGUUGACAAUGUACAUUCCUUACCAACUAAUUUUUCUGCCCUGCAUAACAGCAAGCAGCCGCAGCAGUAACAACAAUAACAACAACAACAGCACAAUGGCAAAAUUCAUGAUAAAUACACAUUUAGUUUAUUUUAAUUUAUAACAACAACAACAACAACAACUCAGGUUUAGCAUAUAUAUCUUCCAUGAGAAUGAGAAGAAUGCAGACAGCUUUUUGGGGGGCGGGGGUCAUCAGAAAGGGGAUAGUUACCUUCGUUAUUAUGAGUCCAAAAUAGUAAGUUUCAAUGUACAGUUGAACGUUCCAGCAUGUCAAGAGUUUAAGGAAAGUAAAAGCAAAAGUUAAUUAACUUGCUGAGGAAAAACAAACUGGUCAUUGUGGGUGGCCAUAAAAGACAGGUGGAAUUCAAUCAUAUACCCUAAAAUUCCAAAAAUAAGCCCCAGGGCUUAAAUUUUUCAAUGCCAUUUUUGAGGGGCUUAUUUUUGGCGGGGCUUAUAUAGGGAGGGGCUUAUCUACGGAGGGAAAUUUGCGUUUCAAAAUCGAUUGGGCGAGCCUUAUAGUUGGAAGUAAAUUUACCGUUUUUGCUUUGUUUUACUUUGUAUUUAAGGGCAAUUUUCCAAGUACAAGCCCCCAGGGGGCUUAUAUUUGGAGGGGCGAUUUAACGGAGGGUUUUUUGGGUUACUAGUUUGGGGGGCUUAUACAUGGAGGGGCUUAUUUUUGGAAUUUUACAGUAAAUUACUAUAUUGUAUUAAGAAAAGUGCAGUUUGAAAGGAGAUAUAUUUAGUAAUAUCAAGGGACCUUUUUGAAGUGUUAUAGGAACAUGAAAUAUAAGAAAAGCAACUUUCAGAGGAAGUAAGAGCUUAUUUCAAGUAAUAUUAAAAAUGAUAAUGGAAAAAGUAAUGAUAAUAAAUUCAGAGUUUUAAUAUUAAAAGUUGCGACUUGCGUACCAGCACCCCUGUACUCUGUCAGCACAGUACAGCUCAUGUCUUCAAGCUAAGUAGAAAGCUAACUCUCAAAACAACUUUCCAACUUUGUUAGUGGACACCCUUCUACUUUAAAAAUAGGGAAAACCCUGUAUGAAAUAGUCAUAAUGAUGAUAUUAAGAGUAAUUUACAAUCACACUGGUUAUAGCUUGGAGAUUGAAAGGGGUGAGGACAAAACAUGGACCAGGGGUCCAUGGACCCUCACUUUGGACCGGGUCCAUGGACCCCCUGUCAUGGACCGGGUCCAUGGACAGUUUUUUUAAUAAUGAGAAAUGAACAAAAACAGAAAUAGUGCAAAAAUAAGGUUAAAAAAUAACAACAACAACAAACAAUGCUUGAUUGAUCAGUAAUGUUUAAUUGUGCUUACAUAGUGUAAAACAGGGGGGGGGGGGUUCGGUACCUCGUGCCAAAAUGCUGCUUGUUCCAAUGAAUUGUUUUCUCUGAUGGGUAGAUUAUGCUUCAGAGGAAAACCUUUUGACUGAGCAAAUGUGAAUUUUUGCUGCUUAUUUCAUACUGAGAGGUCGUGACACACAUUGAUUUUCUACCUCUUUUAAAAUGUAAAGCUGUUCAUUGCGGCUGAUUAAAAGGGUUUUAGGUUGUUUAAUUUCUCCAAAGUGCAUCCUGGAUCUGAAUAAUUCUAAGCCACUUUCUUUUUGUCCAUGAAUGUCACUUUUUCCUGCAAUGUUUUGUUACGCUGGGCCCAGCUCCUUAGCGCGCUGUAGCAGGACGAUUAUAAAUUCUCAUGGAUUGUGAUUUACAGAUCCAGAUCUCGAAGAAGAAGAAGUGGCAUGGACUCCCGGGGGGGGUACUCCCAUACAUUACCUAUACGGGUAUGUGCCGCCCAAAGGGGUCGUGAUUUUGAAGCUUUUGAUUUAGAACGGGGUAUCCAUUUCAGAGGCGUUUUCUAGAACGGGGUAUAAUAUUUCGAACGCACGAAAGCUCCACUUUUGUAAGCAGCCUUUUGAAAGUGUUCAAGGACAGAUUGCUUUUAAAAAUAUGGUUCAAUGCGUUAACAAGCAAACCGUUGUACUCUUGUUGCACCCUAGAACGGAGUAUGAAGAAUUGGCCCAUUUCUAGAACGGGGUAUCAGUUUUAGGGCGAAUUCUAGAACGGGGUAUAAAAAAAUUGGCCCAUUUCUACUACGGGGUAUCAAUUUUAGGGGAAAAUUUUUCUAGAACGGGGUGCCAAUUUGGAGUCCCGGGCGGCACAUACCCACCCAAAAAAUACCCAAGUGCCCCCCCCGGGCAUGGACUGUAGCUUAAACUGAAGCUACAUCAACUAUCAGAGACUAUGGAGAAUUGCGAUGUGACUCAGUCAUGAUUGCUCUAAAAGCAAUGAAUUCUUAACUCCAGCUUGUUUUUCUAAGGGUGAUCAAUGCAAAUCUUUGUACUGGAGCGCGUAAUUCCUCUCUUAGUGAUAACUUUUGAAUUAGCUUAAUUUAACAGUCUUGCGUCUGCACAUGUGCGAGCAGAGUGUACGUCAUGUAAGCACAACUGAAUAUUUGUGAUCAAUCAUGAGCACUGAUCUAAUCUGGGUACGAGAUAAGCAUUGAUCAACAGCGUCUCAUCAAAUCUUUUUUUGGCACUAUUGCUGUUUCUGAGUGUCCAUGGACCUGGUGCAAAACCUUCUUAUAAAAAUUCAAAAAUUGUCCAUGGACCUGGUCCAUGACAGGGAGUCCAUGGACCCGGUCCAUAAAAGUGGUCCAUGGACCCGGUCCAAAGAGGGGGUCCAUAGACCCCUGGUCCAUGUUUUGUCCUCACCCGAUUGAAAGUUGCCUGGAUGAAUAUAAUCUAUAAUGGAUACCAGCCCUCAAAUAAAACUUAACUCAAUUUUAUUGUUCAUUAUUGUUGGCUGUUUGCUGUGAUCACUGUGAUCUUUAAAGAAUAAUGUUGUAGUGAUUGUUUGAAAACCAAGCUAAACUGAAAAUGUUAUUUUAACUAGGGUCUCUGAAUAAUUUAAAAGAUGAAAAGGACAAAUACAGUACCAUCACCUGGUGCAAAGAAGGUUAACCAAGCAACAUCAAAUGAUACAACCCCAAAGGGGAGAUACAAGUCGGUCAUUUUUCCUUCAAGACAUGGAGCAUCUCCUUCCAACUCUAAGCUACCAGCAGGAUACCUACGUACAUUUGGACUUGCAAGCACGCGUUCAUCAUCACUACCUGGUAGGUUACUGACCUUUUACUGUAGUAGUACUUUAAGAGUAUACAUGACAGAAUUUUUUGUCAUGAUUUGCUAAAACAGAAUCUACACAGUGUCCUGAGAAGGAUAACAAAGAAGUUUUGUGAUACUGAUUUUUCUUUCCCACGUUUUGAGUAUCAAAAUACUUGUAUUCAGAUCCCUAUCAGGACAAUGUUCAGGAUCUAUUAAGAGAAAUCAGUGAAUCGCCGUUCUAUGGAUACGUGCUUAAGAUGGUCACCCAUAUAUGAUGGACAGUUUUGUUUGUCUGACAAAAAGCUCAUGUCUUUUUUGUAAAAUUUACCCGCUUAAUGUCAAAUAUAGACACCUGUUAAUAGGGACAACGCAGAUACUUUUCUUUGUCCUGAAUCACACUCUCAUAUAUUGUCAACCCCACUUUACAGACACUGCGGUUUGUUUAUAGUGAAAAGUGUACUUCGCAUAUCCAGCUAGUUUACAGACACCUCCCCCCCCCAAAUAAUUAGAAGCAAAUAAUUCAAAUAUAACCUAACAAGAUUUAAAAAAUUCCAACUGGCAGGACGUAACCAGUUGGAUAUUUACAAACAUGUUCUGUGAUUGACCUCGGGACAACCAAGAAUGAGUCCAGCAAGUGGCCAGAGCGGGACUCGGACCCUGGACCACCGGAGUCCGACACGCUGACCACUCUGGUCCACACUGCCUCCUUCAACUCAAUUCAUUUACUAUCUUGUCCUGGUUAUUCAAAAGUUGGAUAGCGCUAUCCACCAGAUAAAUCACUAUCCAGCAGAUAAGUAUUAUAUAUGGAAACCCAAUUGCGGUAUCCAAUAAAUAGCAAUUUAUCUGGUGAACAGCAUUAUUCACCUUUUGAACAACUGUGGCCUGAUGUUUUAUUUAUACUUCAGAUGCCUCUAAACACACAGACGACUCCAAUCCACGCACUGAAAUCUCAAAUGAUGACGCUUCCAGUAUAUGGUAAGCUUGAUCUGUUUCAACCACUGGCCUAAGGUGCAGGGGGUAGUUUCAAAGGCUACAUUUAGAGUGUAAACUAUUGAAUCUUGGCUGAAAAGCUUCAGGUGUGGCCCUGUUUCUGUUCUUGCCCUCAGGGGAGUAUGCAUGUAGCAAGCAAUAAAUACAUUGUCAAGCUUUUUUGGGGGUGAGGGGGUGUGCUCCUUGGAGAGAAAUUUUGAACUCAAUGUGCUAAAGUGCUGUUUUCAACCUUCUGGUACCAAAGAAGCAAUUUCCUGGGUACUGUCAUAUUUCAUGAUUAAAAAUUAAAAUCAAUGGAGCGACACAAAACUCACAACAAAGUGCCAGACAUCACCAGACAAUCAUGUACAAUGUAACAUCUGGCAUCUAUGGCUUUAAACAAAUGAAUGAAUAUACAAUAAUUACUGUUUUGACUCACUAUUAACAGUCUAAUUUGUGCAUAGGUCAUUGGAGUGUAAUAGUCUGCCGCCACCACCAACUACACCUCCACCACCUCCUCCACCUCUUGCCGAAGCAACUAAUAGUUCAAAGGAAGAAAACUACUUGGUUCUUUCAGAAUCCCAACUUAAUGUACUGUCACUUAAUUUAUCAGAGAUUGCUGACAAAGUAUCACCAACUAAAUAUGAUCCUGUGAUUGAAAUAGAUGAGGAAACUUUGGAAGUUUUAAUUGGUGAAAAUAUUGAAAACUCAUCUGAAACGUUUGUUUCUAGCAGUGAACAAUCAAUGAGAUUUAAAUCUCCAUAUUCCAGGCAACGGAGAGAUUCUAAGAGUUAUGUUUCAAAACAAAAAAGCUUUACUAGGAGAAGGUCCGGGUCUGGCAGACAUGGCUCAUAUCAAGAAUUGAACAACAGUGGUGACGUUUCUCAUGAUGUGAAUAAUGUUUUGAAUUUCUCAGCUGGUAAUUUUGAAGCAUUUAAACUGGAUAGUGAAAGUGAUUCUGGAUAUAGUUCAUCAAUGUCAACAUCAGUUAGCUUAGGUGAAGAAAUUGACGCUGCCAAGAAACUUAGCACUAGUACUGAUAUUGACGCUGAUGACUUGACUUUUGUUGGAGAUGAUCGUGGUGGAAAAAGUUCUGCAAGUACUCUGGUGAUCAGUGAAUCUACUUCAGGGUCAUUAGACCAUCAAAAUACGGGCAAUGUUGAAGGACAACUGGAUUCAUUAAUUAAUGGAGUGUCAUCGGAAAUUGGCAAUCUUGACUUAACCAAGCAAGUGAGGGAAGAAACAGUUGUUUAUCGUGAGGAACCCAACUUAUCUAACGGUUUAGAGGAACCUUCAACAAGUUUUAUACUGUCACAUAAUGAAAAUGUAACUCCUACAUUUCAUGAACAGGAAAAUGGACUAGAAAAAUCGUCAUUUAAUUUUCAAAAGGAUCCUUUAGAUGGCUCUGCCUUACAAAGUAGGACUAAAACAGGAAAAAGACCUAUGCUUCAACGGAGGAGAACAACUACAAUGUCCUUCCGUCCCCCAAAGCAAGUUACCGUGCAAGAGGGAGAAAGCGGCAUUGUAGAAAUGGAUGAAGCUGGCUUCCUACAACUUUUGACAGAUUUUAAAUCUUUGAAGACUCAGUUACUUAAGUUGAAACGAGAACUCCAGGAGGUAAGGUCAUCAAAAAAAAUUUGAGUUUUCCUGUUCAAUCACAAACAACAACAGAGGGUGAACAGUGACAACAGUGCACGCAGCUCUUAAAACAGAAUCAACCAAUGGCAGAGUCGCAAAUUGAGCACCAGAAAUCACAUUCAGUUCUUUCUGGGCACUUUGGCUUUCUCAUUUUGACGUUGCAUUGUCUUCCCUGAAUCAUUCUUGGCUAAGUAUAGGGUCCUGAGGAACUGACCCACCCUUUCCUUGACCCAACUUUAAUAUCAACUUCACAUUAAGAGGAAAAUGCAUGAUAAGGGGAGCGGUAGGUGGGCAGUUUUCCAGAAUACUGUAUUAUACAGAUCCACAUUCUCAAGCAUCUCAGAAAAAGGUUCAAGAAAUGUGUUCUUCCAGAAAACAAUGAAGCUCCCUCACACUUGGAGUACCAGUUUGGGAGGUGUCUUGAGUCCUAAAUUUACUAGAAAAUAUAGGAGAAUCAAAGAUUGGAAAAAUUAAUCUACUAUAAGUUCUUUAAACAUAUGCCAAACUGUGAAUUAAUCUGCUCUCUGUUUCAAAACAUUGCUUUUUUCUUAACUAUCAGCCAAAGAUUAAAGAGAGUGCUUGUCAACUUAGAAGCCACUUGAACUGGCAGAACUGCCUCCAUUUUUAUUUAAUUUUACAUAAAACAAAAACUUUUGUAGUUAAGACACAAAGUGACUAUCUUUUCUUGACUGUCCACAAUUCAUUUAUUUUCUACAAAAAUUAAUACGGCCCAGGUCCCUUGUAGUGGAAAAAAGCACUUUAAUCUAGUAUCUCAAUCUAUUUAAUCUUUAAUAUCUCUUGUGCACCCCACCGCAGAAAAGGAAAAUUGGUUCAAGUUUGUAAGAGGGUCUAGUUAUUGCAUGCAGCCAAUCUGAACACACCUCAUCUAACCUAAGAUCAGGCCCAAUUUUAGUGGUUCUCAUACAUUCUCUCUAACGGCUACCACUAAACUUGGGCUAUUUUGGUUUUGCCUUGCCUGCUGGAAUGUUAUUUUCAAAGGAAAACGAAAAUAGAGCCUGAUCUCAGGUUACACCUCAUUCAAUUUAAACUACAAACAACAUGCAGCCACACCCCACAUAAUAAUCAAACACUUGCAAUCACUGCCUGGUUUGGAAAUAUUAUGAAAAUCCUUUAGCUCACCAUAUUGAUAAAGUUAAUAAAUAGAGAAUCAUUGUGCGCCUUUUUUAAAAAAAAAAUGUUACAAAGAGGUAUACAUCGCCUCAUGUAAGGUAACCAAAGACAGUCUUGGAUCAUGGACUCCUCGCUUUGGAUUCCAGAUUCCUUCAUUCCUAAGCCCAGGAUUCCAGAUUCCACAAGCAAAAAUUUCUGGGAUUCCAGAUUCCUGAUUAUCUUACAUGGGGUGAUAUGAAAGUCACAUUGUACAACUGAUCAUAUUGUUCUAGGCUGAUGUUGUAUCACCAUUGAUGCACUCUCACUCUGGUGUCCCAAGAAGAGGAUCAUUUUCUUCAGAUACUGACACAAACAACAAAAUCCCACUACAUAGAAAGGUACGUAAUCACAUAAAUUUCAGUAGAGUGCCUAACAAGUUUUCAGAGAGACAAAAGUUGGCACUUCCUUAUCUUCGUGUUAUUGAGAACUUUAAGGUCAAAUUGUCCAGCCAGUUUUUCCUUAGGCUCGAAAAAUGAUUACAUUUCUGCUUAUGACUUACAAAGAACUUUGUCCAUAGCUUUGUUUCUAUAGUAAGCGUAUCUUGUUUGUAAUCUCAAAGAAAAUCAAUGCCAUAAUGUUGAAUCCAACUGUUCUGUAAAAUAAAGUAAAAUAGGAAAACAUAGUCUAUUUCCUCUGCUUUCCAAAAAAACCCAGUUUUUGGCCCUUCAGAACAAGAAAAAAUAUUGAUUAGUCUGAGUCCUUUACAUUGAUAUUUGCCCUCACAACUCGGUGAGGACCCAGUUUUUUUAGAAUUUGGCAAACCCUGAGGGACUUGGUUGGAGAGUAUCAAAAUGGAGGAUAAAAGUAUUGAGAUUUAAAACUAACACUAUCUGUUGGGAGGGGUACUCUUCAAAUGCAUCAUUAUGGUGACAAUUUCAUAGGCUCAAUUUACAUGCGCUUUUCAGGAAAUGUGCCCACCCUUACCCCCGCGGCUGGAGAGAAAAAUAUCCGCGGAGUAUGGUCGUUUUGCUGCAUAAUGAAGUCAUUUCGCCAUCAUAAAGUUGAUUCGCUGCAACCAACUUUUCAUAUUAAACAGUUUAAAACAAUUUAGAAUGAACUGCAAACGAGUUAAGUUAGCGAAAUGACUUUACAACUUUGCAGCGAAUUGACUUCAGUAUGCAGCAAAACGACUUGUAGCGAAACGACUAUACUCCACGGAAAUCGGGCCUCUUAAGGUUAUGGUGCUUGGAGUGUAUUGUGUUGGCUGAUUUUUGCCCUUUAUCAACAGAGAAUGUUGCAAAGAACGAUGACAAUGGAUUCUGUAACAAUGAGGGAGAGACUCCAUAGAACAUCCUCCUCCUCUUCUUCAGGGGGGAGAUCAGGGAGCCUGAGUGAGAUCACAGGGAGCCUGAGUGAGAUCACAGAGACCCCAUCUGAAUCAGCCAGGGUGCCAAAGCCAAGUGCAGGAAAUGAGGAGGAAAUAAAGAACCUACAUCAAGAACUAGAAGAAGUCAAGGAAAAACUCACAGAAAUAACCGAGGUACUGAGUUGAGUAGUCUGCCACACAGCCGUUUUUAGUGUCGUCACGCAACGCUCCUCGAGCGUUGCGUGACAACACUAAAAACGGCUGUGUAGCAGACUGUGAGUUAAGUUGUGUUUUAGGGGAGUUGUUGUUAGAUGUUUGAUGGCAGAUGUAUCGAAAGAAGAGUGUUUUGUUUGCCCCCCACCAACCCUUCAACCCCACCCCUCCGGAAAAGAUGAGGAAUGCAAUGUAAAAUGGGUGAUGGUUUAGCUACUUCUAAAAGAUGCAAUGAUCCCGGGUUCCCUUAGUCUCCUUCGAAUUCACGGCCUUACCAGCUUUUGAUAAAUGUUGCUAAGCUAAGCCUAAUAGUGAAGUGCAAGAGGCAAAGUUGUAUUUCAUGGUAAAUUCAUGUAAGAUUUUAGAUCAUGGCUAUUGUCUUCUCGCGCAUAAAAUGAUUUUUUCCAUUGUUCAUUGGUGGUCGUGAAGUAUCAGCAUGUUAUGAGGUUAGAAAUCAGAAUCAGAAUCCUACGAACAUACGGCGUGCAAAGAUUAAAUGUGGUUCAACGACGGACAAAUUUCGGAGAUGCCUGCCAGUCGAUUCCUUCGAAAACAGACAAAUUGUUGUUGUUAACAACAGACAAAUUCUGUUUAUCAGAAUAUUUGUAAUAGGUUUGAAAACUCUAGUUUCCCUCCAAGCCGCUAUUGGUGUCGUUACGAAACGCUCCUUCCCAAGAACUGUAUGAUCGUUGCGUGUUGACACUGAAAACAGCUAAGAGGGAGAGACAACCAAAGGUCUUUUUUUUUCUUACGGCAGGAAAGAAACUCACUGAUCAUAGCUCGAGAGGAACUUGAACAUGAACUUGACAGCAAAAAUCACACCAUCAGAAUGCUGCAGAAACAACUGGUGAGUGAGUUGUUGUCUAUACUAAUUAAAUUAAACAUGCAAUUUGAAUUUUAAAAAAAUAGUACCAAAAUACUAAACAGCACAGAAAACCUCGGUUAUUUGUUUGUGCCUAUGGAAGUUAAGUUGACAAGAGAUUUUUUUAUGUUUGAUAAAUAAAUAAAUAUUCACCGCCACCUCAGUUAGUCAGCUACUGAAUUUGUGCUGCAUUUUCAGGAGUCCCAGACAGACAGUCAAGAUGAAAUGGCGUACCUGAAAAGACAAGUGAAAUCUCUGACCAAUCAAAUACAACAGCAGCAACAGAAGAUCACGGAGCUAAGAUAUCGAGCUACCAGCCCUGGAGCAGUUCCUAUGGGAGCGGUAAGGGAGAUAUUUGAAGAUGGCUUUUCAACUGCCGACCUAAACCGUCCCAGAAAACUUAGUCUUGUGCGUUUCGCGUAAUUACUUAAGGAUAAAGAGGGACUGCUCGAAGUCUACAGUUUACCCCCUGUAGAAUGAAAUCUCAACAAUUCACUGCCUCCUCCUUACAGAAAAAAUCGCAGAAGGGCCCUUUCUCCAAUUUGUUAUGAAGAGGGAGGGGAGGGGGCGACUGUAGACAGGCUAAGGAACGAGCUUCGAUCGUAUGACGUGCUUCCGGUUGGGCGGUCUGUUUGCCCUAAUAUUUUCCCGCCAAAAGUUUUGGGCUGCACCAGAACCAAAAGUAAUAGCUAUAUCGCGUUAAUGCGUUCAGAGUAUGGUGUCUGCUCUUCUAUAAUGUAUGCAUUAUAAGUAAAAGUUCACAAUACUUUUGUUGACUUGAGUAUGACGCGUUUUUUUCUUUAGCGGGGUCGGGGGGGAUCUCAAAUCUCCUUUCCCCUAACCCCUGAGGAAGACCUGAUAUUGGGGAGAAGUGAUGAUUUCAAAACAACAAAAUUUGUGAAAUUAUGCGUUAUAACCCAAACUAUCCCAUAGUUUCACAAAUUUGAAUUUUUGUGACGUCACACUUCUCGUUUCUGUUUACCCAUGUCUUUGCACUUAGGGGAUUUAUUUGCACUUGUAUUCACAGGGCCGUACAUAGCGGGGAUGUCUUUGCCCCCGCCAGGAAAAAAAACUUAGUGUCUGAUUUUGCUGGGCUGUUUCUUGUAGCUAUAUUGGUCCGAAAUCUCACGAAAACCGAGUUUGCCCCCGCAGACAAAAAAUCCUAGGUACGGCCCUGAUUCACCUGAAGAAAACAAAGCUCAUACAGUAAAUAUACAAAUUGCACUAACAUAGUAUUUUAUUGAUGACAGAUUUCUACCUCUUUUCAGCACAAAAAGGAAGCUGUUAAAGCCGAUAUCAGGUUUGUGUGUAAAUUCACUUUUGAGAAUAAAAAUGAAUUGGUGUUCAUUUGUCAAAAUUCUUUCCAUUUCUUUUUCUUUUUAGAAAUCGUUUAAGGGAUGCCUUUGUAAAGCAUUUAGGGGAGUCGUCAAAGGUUUGUACACAACUGGCAUUUGUGAACUGUUUUUUCUUAAUUUUCAGUCUUGAGUCUAUUUUGCCUAGCGCGCGUGUGGAGAUAAAACCCGCGGGGGUUCUCGCGGUCCUGUCGAAUUGUCGAAGGGAAAAAACACGUCAGUGUGGACAGGCUAGAGUAAAAUGAAAUAAUCAGUGAAUGUUAAAGCACUCAGAGCGAGUUUGGAAUGAUCGAUGAUUCAAACAAGAGUUUGCAGCCUGCUCUAGGCUCUUUGAAAUUAUGAAUUACGCUACGAUUAGUAUCUAUGAUUUUUCUUGGAGAUAAUUGUGCAAGCGCAAUAUUAAUUCCCUUGUUAAAACGAAUAACGGUUUUGCCAGGCGCAAAAAUUAGUUUCCGCCAAAAAAUAUCAACAAGAAAAAUUGCCUAGUAUCCGGAGAGUUUAACUCCCUCCAAAUGGGGGGAAAGGAAAAAGGUGAGAGCAAGACUUCAGCAGGUUGUGAAAGAAAGAACUUUUCUCGUUAUCUAAUUCACAAUUCGUCUCUAAAUUCUUGUAAUCUCGCCUUGUUGUGUGUCAUCCUCAAAUUGUUAGUUCAACGUAAUGUAGUAUGAACUGGAAAUCUCUAUUGGUCAGUUGGUCAUCGUCACUUAUGUCACAAACGCCAGCCACGUCAAACACUUACAUCCUCCAUUUAUCAUAUAACAAGUUGUAUUCAUGUUACAUCCUAUUUUCAGAGCAACGUUCAGCUGAGCAAAUACAUCCAGAGAGCGGAGCAGAACAUCAGCAUGGCACAGAAAGGUCUUAGCUCGUUAUAUUCAUCACCUCACGCCAGCACAGAGCAUCUACCGAAAGGUGGCCUUCACUUCACUGCACUUCAUUCCUCACUCAUUCAUCUGUUUGUCCCACAAGUACUGUUCUUUGCACAACACUCACGAUUCAGUUUUCUCUAAAGUAGCUCUAGUUUUGAAAUUAGUCCUUGAAAUUUGUCACUCAGUGUUUUCUCAGUGCGUGAGAAGCGCAGACUGGUCACUAUUACGUGCCUAGACAAAAACAUUCAAUGUACUUAACAGCAAUAUCUAGGGGGCCUUUAAUAGGGAGUAAUACAAUACUGAAGUGUACCCAGUCAAGGCACUUGCACCACAUAGUAGCCCAUAACCUGGGGCGUCUAACUGGCAUGUAUUCGAGACUUGCUGUUUUUACAGAGCUGUUUAUUUUAAGAUCGAUUUUGUAGUGAGUCAAGUCUAUCGUAGGAGUCUCUUGAACGAGUCGGCGAAUGACACAGAUCGGGAAAGAAGUAUCUUUUGACAUUUUUAUAGCAUUUUGUUCAGUUCUCGUGUCUUGUUUGACAUAUUCUGCUGCUGAAGAUUUCCACUUACACUUGUAGAGGGGAAAUGUGUCUCAAAAUAAACUGGUCUACGAAAAUGCCGUGUUGGCAUUUGCGCUCUCCGGGCUAUGGGUUCCUUUGCGGUGUUAUUGACGAAACAUCGUUCUUUUCUCCACAGUGCGGUUCAUGUUUGAUUCUCAGUAGUAAAGUCUAGUUGGUAUCAGAUGCCUCGCAUAUCAGUCUUCACAUGACAUUCUCACUAUCACCUCACUUAUACAACAUUAUCUCCUUGGACUUGAUUGACGCAUCCCUGUAUCGAAGCAUAUUUCUCUUUUUCUGCACCGACUAUUUGCUGUAUUUGAAUUGCCGGUGAGUUUUGUUAAUGUUAAUCUGUUUUGCAGACAAGUCGUUCCAGAGAUCCGACUCACAAUCCAGCGUUGAAAGAAAUCAAGAGGACUCAGAUGGGAGAGAAUAUGAGUCAGAUUCGUCCCGGUGUAGCAGAAGGAGAAUCGCUUCCUCUCGCGCGAACAGAAACAACGACGACUCCGGUUCGGAGUCAGGAAAAUCGAUAAGAAGUCGCCCCGAGUCUCCUAGAACUUUUAAAAGUCAAGACGAAUCCGAUGGAAGAGCUUCGGAUUCCGACACGGGAAACUCGAGGAGUAGACGCAUCACUUCUUUUGAAAACAGCGCUGAAAAGAAUGAACGGAAAGACUCAGAGCCAGACCUGGUUAAAACAGAAGGACAGUCGGAGGACUCACUGAGUGUGAAUAAACCUCCGCGUGUUAGGAAAUUAUCCCGGAACAAACUAAUGAACAAAAUAGAGGCGUCACCAUUAUCGCACUCAUGGACUCCCGGUGCUAUUGAAAAGAUUGUUAAGUCGUGGAGAGAGACAAAGUCGCCUGUUUCACAGGAGAAGAGCAAAGAAGAGGAGAAAGCACUUAAACCAGUAUCCCAUGUACAGUUUUUCUAAUAAUCUGCUUUUAAAGUUCUGUACAUACUAGGCGACAUGUGGCUGCAACACUUCGCGGUGACAAAUCACUCUGUGUGUACAGGUCUGGCGAUAAGUUGCUGCAACCAACCGGGAUACGUUGCAGCGACAAACGCCUCGUGUGUACUGGAG